AUGACGAGGGACGAUGAUGCAUACUAUGAAUCAGAAUAUUGUUCUUUUCCACAAUUUUUAGAUCAAAAUACAAAUAAUUUAGAACGAUUAUGGCGUGACACUCCAUAUUAUCACAAUGAUUCACGGGCUCGACUUCAGAUGUCUAAUACUAAUUAUGCUGCAACCGAUGAAUCAAUCAAAAGAACUCAAUCGAUGUCUCACUUAUCAACUGAUUCAUCUAAUUUUAGUUCGUUAGCAUCUUUCUUUCCCAGUGAAAUUCAACAUCAACAAUCAAAAGUGUCGCUCGAUGAAUUUCCAUAUCAAUAUUCACUUUCACAAAACUAUUCAAACCCACUCAAUCAUUCAUUGGAUGAUUCCUUGACUUAUGUACAAUAUCUUCCUUCGAAUAAAGAAUAUGUUGAACCUAUGACGUACGAAAUUUUCAUGAAACUACAACAGCAAGAAGAAGAACAAGCUCUAAAAGAAAAAAAAAACUCUUUUCGUAAUAUAAGCAAUAAUGAAAUAUUAUCGUCUAACCUUGAAAUUAAUACAAGUAAUAACAUUGCGAUUGUUAAAGAAGAACUUAUUGAAAACAAAAGCGACAUUCAAGCAAUAUCCUCUUUAGAAUUCUCAUUGCCAUCACCUUAUUCAAUUCUUUCGUUCGCUACUGAAAGUCAAUCUACGCCAGUUAUGCAAGCUCAGCCAUCAUCGUCUCCUACGCAGUCAUUUGAAAUAUCUAAGAGGAAGCGCUCAAAAAUAUCAAAAACAGAACGAAAAACGUCAUUGAAUAAAAAUCCACAAAAUAAAACAAUAUACAAGUGUUCAUAUAGUGGAUGUACGAAAUCUUACUUUAAACGAUCACUUCUACGUGCUCACGAAAGAAAACAUCCAGGUGUUAGGCUAUAUCAAUGCAUUUGGCCAGACUGCAGAUGGGAAUUUGGAAGAUCUGAUGAAUUAACACGACAUUUUCGAAAGCAUACUGGUGAAAAACCAUUCGCCUGCAAACAGUGUCAUCGAGCAUUUUCUCGUUCCGAUCAUUUAUCACAACAUUUAAAACGUCAUGUAACAAAAAAAAUGUAA